UAAAACAAUGUAGAAUGAUAAUCAUUAAAUUUAGAAGAAAAUAGUCAUAGUUUCAAUUUAUUGUUGAUAUGAUUAAUAUGAGAAUGAACGCCUUUAACGAUUCAUCGAUAGGAGAAUCAGAACAAGAUCCAAAUACAGCUCUUAUUGAACUUGACAAAGGACUACGGUCAGCUAAAAUAGGAGAACAAUGCGAGGCUAUUGUUCGAUAUCCAAAACUUUUCGAAAAAUAUCCUUUUCCUAUUUUAAUCAACUCGUCCCUCUUAAAAUUGGCAGAUGUUUUUCGCGUAGGCAGCAAUUUUUUGAGAGUAUGGGUUCUUCGUGUUUGCCAGCAAAGCGAAAAGCAUUUGGAUAAAAUUUUAAACGUCGAUGAAUUUGUUAGAAGAAUUUAUAGUGUAAUGCAUUCUAAUGAUCCGGUUGCCAAAGCAUUAACUUUAAGGACCUUGGGUAGCGUCGCCAGAAUUAUACCAGAAAGGAAACAUGUUCACCAUAGUAUUAGAAGAUCAUUGGAUUGCCACGAUUUAGUUCAAGUCGAAGCAGCAAUUUAUGCGGCCCAAAUGUUCGCGGCUCAAUCAAAGUUAUUUGCAAUUUUUAUGUGCACCAAAAUUUCCGACAUGAUAAGAGGUCAGGCCACCCCAGCAACCAUGAAAUUACAGCUCAUACCUAUUUUACAAUAUAUGCAUCAUGACAUUUCGACUGCCUCGAUGGCAAACGAAUUAUGCAUGGAGCUACUUGAAAGUUAUCCUGCCGCAGAAUUUGUACGAGUAACGUUAAGUGCAUCGACAACUUUAGCCUCAGCUACAUUGAUCAACGUACCAGCGCAAGUCACGCUACUUUUGCAAUAUUUACUCGAAGAUCCUAGAUCUUCGAUAAAAACACAUGCCUUACAACUUCUUCACUCUUUAGCCAAGAAAGGAGCACAUCUUUGGCCGCAGGGAGCAUUGGCUCAGCUCAUUGAUAGUACCACGACUCUUCUACAAGACGGUGCAAGAAAUAUCAAUCUACUUAUUCGUUCUUUAAAUGUCAUCGAGGUGUUAAGUGAAAGUCCGGUAACUUGCGAUGCCAAUAUGGAAGAAGGGAAUCCCCUAAUAGCCUUGUGUUCGAAAGCUUGUUAUUCUCCAAAUCCAAUCGUUGCUGUUAAAGCUGUUACAAUUUUAGCUAGGAUAACUUGCUAUUGCUACGAAGAAGGUCUGCCGGUCAAUGGUAUACAAGAUGUGGUCUCCUGUUUAGAAUCAUUGAUAAUGCUUUUGGCCCUGGAUGACAAAUAUUUAUAUCAAUUAAAAGUAUGCCUUCAGCUGAGCGUAAAAAUCUGUCAAGUGCAACAUAAUCAUUGUAGUAUUUUUGUUGACGCAAUUGGCUCUACUCUUGUCAACACAAAUACCAAUAAUAAAAAAAAUGAUCAUCAAGCCGUUGUACUUUGCGAAGCUUUGGGUGCAAUCGGAAGUUUAGGAGAGAAUAUUUUGCUUCCUCUUCUUCCUGAUAUUCUGGUAAAACUAAAAAAAACACCGCAUACUCAUACGAAAGUAAUGCUAUGUACAUUACUUUUUCAAAUGGUAGCUGGUGGUUACGAAUGGAAUGCCGAAUGCCUAGAUGCAAUUGACUCGGUGAUAAAGUCCAUUGACAGUUGGAAUAGAUAUAGGAUUGCACGUGGAGCAACAAGAUAUGGGCAUCACAAAAUCGCCACACAUUUAUUCAAAAUUCUAAAAGAAGCCGUGGCUUCCGAACAGCUUCAUUUCUGGUUAUUAGGUCUAGAAUUAAUGACAAGCGCAGAGAGCUAUUUAUUAGAUGACGUUGAGGUUGAUAGUAAUAAUACAGUUAAAAAGUUAAACGGAGCCAUAUCGAGAUAUGCAAGUGCCUGUGCCUCGUUCAAGGCCGCGAGCACACCCAUACGCAAUUUACAAUUCGCUUCUGACUAUUCCAAGCUGCGAUGCGAAUUUCUCCAAGCGCUGGUGCAACUGUUACAUUCGUGCAGAUCAUUGUGCACAGCACCGCCUUAUGCAAUCGCCGCUCACGAAGCUCAUACAGCUAAAGAUGAAUUACAAAGAUACGGACGCGUAACGAGUCAGCUACGGAAGUCCGUGCUCGAGUUACGGACGUGUGCUGAGAAUUAUCAAAAAUUGUAUCAGUCGGCAUUUGACGCUGACUCUGGCUCUUUAAAUAACAUAAAAGCUCUUCAAGAGCUGUGUCUGCUGAUGGCCCAUAGUGUGCAGCGCGUCUGCGGUGGGCCCCCGGUCGCCACGAGUUUCCCCUCCUCCGAUGUGGCGGCCUUUGGCUUCGGCGAUACCGUGGAGAUGCAGCAGCUGGCCAAGUGCUGCAUACAGAUUCAGGCUUUAGCGCCGGCUGGAGACGCCGACAACGAGACGUCGAGCAGAAAGACGAGUGGUAUCAGUCAUCUACGGGUCGGCAAUCUCAUAUCCCAGCUCACGCUCCUGGCUUCGAGCAAAUUGCGUCUCCCGGUGCCGCGUUACUUUUUCCAAACGCUCCAAGAGACGAGCGUGAAUCUGUCGGUGCUGCCGCAGCCACGGGUCCUCGGGGAGCCCGUCUCCGUACCCCAGGGUAGUCAGCUCGCGCUCAAAGUCGAGGGUGUCCUCACCCACGGCAAGCGGGCUUCACUCUUCCGGUCCGUUGCCGCUAUAUGCAUCACCAUCUCCACCACACCCCCAUCCAAAGCCAGUUCAGAGAAAAAGGAUACCAAUACUAGUGAGCUCGAACAAAUUGUCGUUCCACAUCGUGACUUUUUCACUUGUGAAUUUUUACUCUCACUGGGCUCGCAAAGUAACAAUAGCGUUUGCGGAAGCAGCGUAAGUAGUUGUAGUAGUAGUGGUAGCAGUGGCGGAGGUGGCCAAUAUCAAGUAACAGCCAGUGCAAAUAUAUUGGAUGAAAGUGGAAAUAUUUGGAGAUGUGGGCCACGUUCGGUUAUGCAAGUGAGAGUACACGAAGAACCUUCAAGGAAGAAAUUGACAUAGCCCUUACUUAUGUAAACAAUUUCUUUAUUUCAUUUACU